CGGAAGAGCGGAGGAAAGCCUCGGAACCCACUGUCGGAGGGGGGAAUCUGUUUUUUUUUUUUUUCUGGCCUGUAGCCCGAGUCAACGGGCUUGCGGCGCCGGCGUUCUUGGCGACUCGGCUCUCCAUUGGUCUCUUUGGGCACCGCCCACCGGCGGGCCGGGAUUCGGUGAGGUGCGCGCGACUCCCUUCCCCUGCUGGGCUCCGAGGUUCGGUUGGUGCCGGUCGGAGCUUUCCCUAGACGCCGGCCUCCCCAGGCCGUUCUGGGGUGGCCUGCGGCGGCGGGAGUCCUGGCUGGCCGCGCGCCUGGGCCUCGCGGCCGUUCUCCCUCCCGCCGGCGCAGACCCGAGAGUUACAGGUGACUGGAUGUUCAAGCUGCAGAAUGCAUAGCGCCUUACAAGGUUGGCCACAAUGAGCACAACGCAAUUAAAGGAAGCCAAGGUGCCCAGUGUUCAGUUCGUGGGAGACGAUGAUGUUCUUAGUCACAUUCUGGAUAGAGAAGGAGGAACUAAAUUAAAGAAGGAGAAGGCUCAGCUUUUGGUCAAUCCCCGGAAAGUAAUAAAGAAGGCAGAAUGUGAGUUGGAGAAAAGUGACCUGGAAGUGUUGGAGGAUCAAAACUACGUGGAAGUCUUGGGAAGAGAUAUUCAAGAAUCCUUGGGAAACGGCUCUGCUGUAGAUGGUAGGAAUAAGGUUUAUUCCUUUCAACAGAGAAAACACCCUGAAGAGAUGACUAAAUUGGCCUUAGAACUAGCAAAAACAUCAGGAAAAAUUGAUCCACUUGACUCAAAUGAUCCUGAGAUCACAAAAAACAUUGCUCAAAAAAGCAAAGGGCAUUCUACUUCAGAGAAAGCUCCGCUGGAGCAACUGGAAAGUGAAUGCAAAAGCAAGGAUCCCCAUGACAUGAUGGCAGAAACAAAAGCAGAUAGAAAGGAUGGAGCAAAGAACAAUAACAAAAAUGAACUUCUAUCAACACAACCUCAUAGUCUAAGAAAAAGAUUAAUAGCAUCAAGGUCUCAUUGUGACAGUGAAAGUGAAUAUUCUGCUUCCAGCUCAGAGGAUGAGAUUGCAAAAGACGAUGAAGACGACACUAAUGCGGUCAGGUUCUCUCAAAAGAGUCAAGGUCAAAAUAGACUCCUUCCAGCUCCUGUUUCCAAAGAGACACUGCCUAAGAAGAGGAAAAGAGACAAAGCAAGUGACUUGGUAGAAGAGUAUUUUGAAGCCCAUAGUAGUUCAAAAGUCUUAACAUCUGAUAGAACGCUGCAGAAGCUGAAGAGAGCUAGAGUGGACCAGAAAACUCUGCAUAACUUACUGAGCAAAUUCGUGCCUUCCUUUUCUGCUGAAAUUGAACAAUUGAAUCAACAGCAUGAGAAACUGUUUCAUAAAUGGAUGCUUCAGUUACACCUUGGGUUCAACAUUGUGCUUUAUGGUCUGGGGUCCAAGAGAGAUCUACUAGAAAAGUUUCGAACCACCAUGCUUCAAGAUUCCAUUCAUGUUGUCAUCAAUGGCUUCUUUCCUGGCAUCAAUGUGAAAUCAAUCCUGAACUCUAUAACUGAAGAUGUCCUCAGUUAUAUGGGUACUUUCCAAAGUGUCCUGGAUCAGCGGGACUGGAUAAUGAACAGAUUUAAAGAAGAUUCUUCUUUAGAACUCUUCCUUCUUAUCCACAAUUUGGAUAGCCAAAUGUUAAGAGGAGACAAUAGCCAGCAAAUUCUUGGACAGUUGUCAUCGUUACAUAAUGUGUAUCUCAUAGCCUCCAUUGACCACCUCAAUGCUCCUCUGAUGUGGGAUCAUGCGAAGCAGAGUCUUUAUAAUUGGCUUUGGUAUGAAACUACUACAUAUAGUCCUUAUACUGAAGAAACCUCCUAUGAGAAUUCCCUUCUGGUUAAGCAGUCUGGAUCUCUGCCACUUAGUUCUCUGAUUCAUGUCUUACGAAGCCUUACCCCCAAUGCAAGGGGGAUUUUCAGGCUACUUAUGAAGUUCCAGCUGGAUAACCAGGAUAGCCCUUCCUACAUCGGACUUUCUUUUCAAGAUUUUUACCAGCAGUGUCGGGAAGCAUUCCUUGUUAACAGUGAUCUCACACUCCGAGCCCAGUUAACUGAGUUUAGAGACCACAAACUUAUAAGAACUAAGAAGGGAACUGAUGGCGUGGAAUAUUUAUUAAUUCCUGUUGACAGCGGAACAUUGGCCGAUUUCUUGGAGAAGGAAGAGGAGGUGGCGUAGGCUGUCUCUUACCCUUGAACUAUCUGUGGAAGACUCACUGUGCCCCAGCCGCUGCACCUCUCAUAAGAAUGCUGGUUUACAUCCAACAUUAGGUCAUUCUCUCCAGCAUACAAGAUGUCCUAUGGAAGAGGCAUAUCAUCAAUUUGAACUUUGAUUAGCCUGGCUGCUGUACUGUCUCUAAUGCUAUGCAGUGGCGUUGAGUGGGGAAAAGUGCCUUUAAUUUAUUACCUCUCUGGAGACUUCUGCUGGUUGUACAGUGUGCUCAGGGACUAUUUGGAACUGGAUGUUUUUGGAUUAUUUUAUACUGAAUGCUAUCCCUAAUUUUUGAGGGCAAUUUAACACUCCAGAGCUGAAUUACUACAAGUGCACUUGCUUCAGAUCGUCAAGAGUACAAAGAGUUCAGAGUUGAGUUCUCACAGAACUGAUGAGGGAGAAGGUGGUCCUGCUUUUUCUGAGAUGAUGAUAAAAGGUGUCAGUGAACUAAGAUGAUGCAGCUUUCUCCUUGUGGACUUAGGCUACACAUACUAAAUAAAAAACAGGUGACACUAUUCAAAUGAGAUGUGGGAGAAGUAUAAGGGAUUUAUGCAUAUGUGGAGCAUUGACAGUCUAGAAAGCAUAUUUAAAAUAGUUGGUAUCUGUACCAGGGCCUUGAUUUUUUUAUGAUAAAAAUGAGAAGCCAGGCUAAGGAAUAAAAUCCUGAUUUACAUUUUAUUGUUUUCAGGACAAUAGAAAAUAAAAACAUUUCACCAUUCUUGUA